GGGCGACCCGGGUCACUGCAGAGCCACUCCUUCUUGCCCGACUUGAGGUUCCAGAAUUCGCUUCACAGUUGCCUCAGCAUCAAGGAGAUCCAGUCUUGCUACCUAGCCAAGUCCAGUCAUGCAGGGUCAGGAAGAUGGAGACAGCAUCCUUCCUUUUGCCAAGUGUUCCAGAGUGGUCAGCCGAUCUUCACCCUGCAGCCUGCCUUCCCAGAAGAGCAGACCAAUGCCUCAGCCUUAUGGAGAGAUCUUCUGGGAGAAUCUCAGCCGAAGGUCUAACUCCAACUGGAUGGUAGAACAGUACAUUCCACCAAUUCUGAGGGCCACUGGUUGCUCCCAGCCUGGCCUGCACCCUCUUGAGGGGCUCCCUCCUCCUGAGAAGCUUUGGAGAAGAAAGGGAAAGAAGCUGCAUUUGGAAAGAAUGCAAAAGGGACUUGGAAGCACUCCAGCCCGUGUUAGAGCAGUUACUUAUCAUCUGGAGGACCUGAGGAGGCGCCAGGGAAUCAUCAAUGAACUGAAGAAGGCCCAGUGGGGAAGCUCAGAGGCUACACCUGAACUCCCAGUGUUUGAAGAGGGCUGUGAACUCCUCAGCACUACAAAAUACCUUGAUGUGGAAGAAGAGAGGGCAACCUAUCCACAGGAAGAGAAUUAUUUUGUCACUCCCAGGGAUCAGCUGCUUUGGUCUCCCUGGACUCCUGUAGGCCAGCAGGGGACUUACGCCUCUGGGCAGCUAAGCUCUCUGGCCUACAGCACUGUUACAGCCAGAAAGAACCCUAUUUACAGUCCCCAGAGGAUGGAGUUGGAGUCUGAGGAGUAGUGGGAAAUCAUCCAGGCCCAAGCUACAGGACCCAAGACCAAUUCAAACAUCAAGACUCCCCAUUGCUGGCUUCAAGGCGGUUGUUUUCUCUCUCCUAACUGUUGUCUCCAUCCCAUAGCGUAGACAUUCACAGCCCACUUGAGUUCCUAUCCAACUGUUCGGUCCACUCACAGCCCGGUUUUUCUCUAGGCCAGACCCUGGUCUUGUGUUCUGUCUGUUCUGUUAUUAAAGAGCCCCAAGUAGA